GCCGUUGUCACAUUGCUGCCUCGCAUUUGCCGUGCACUGACAUUUUGCCGUAGACCUAGUCGUAGUCGCUUAUAUACGGCGGACAGCAAUUGAAUUGCUUAGACGCUGGCGCUAACUCUGAUCGAUCUGAUCGAAAGUUAAUUUUUCAAUUCAAUUUGCUGUUAAUCAAUCUCUGAUUGGACUUUAUUUGGCAAUAUGGCAGAGGGCGAGUACGACAAGGAUCAACUGAGAAUUCUCCGCAAUGCCUUCAAGGCAUUCGAUCUGGAGGGCACUGGCUCCAUCGAUCACUCCGACGUCUCAAACAUUUUGGAAAUUCUCGGCCAGAAACUGGAACCGCCGGCAGUCAAGGCCCUCAUCAAGGAGGUCGAUAAGGGCACAACGGGUAAAUUAAAUUUCAGCCAGUUCUGCAAGCUGGCAGCUCGUUUCAUCGAGGUCGAGGAGGAUCAAGGCGCACUCCAGGCGGAACUCAAGGAAGCAUUCCGUGUGUACGACAAGGAGGGCAAGGGCUACCUAACCGUGGCCACCCUGCGCGGCAUUCUCCAUGAGCUCGACGACAAGAUCUCCAGCCAAGACUUGGACUCGAUCAUCGAGGAGAUCGAUGCCGAUGGCUCCGGCACAGUUGAUUUCGAUGAGUUUAUGCAAGUGAUGACAGGAUAAAUCUCGCACCAUACAAUAGUCGGAGAUAUCAAAAUAAAACAAAAAAACGAAAAAACAACACUGGGUGUGUUCUGUAUUCGAAUGUUUUGAGCGACAAUUGCAACAUUAAUGAAUUCAUCACUUGUAAAUUAAAACAAAAAUACUCUAUUCCAAAAGUUCAAUAAAUAUAAGAUUUAUAGCAAAA